GGGUAAACUUAGAUAUAUAAUCUCUAUUUAUAAAGAGGCUUUUUCUGUUUAGGGUUACUCAUUUCUUCCGAUUUCUUCUUAUUUUCUGUAACGUCUUACUGAUUUCAGCCAUAGAUGACGGGCGUUUCGGAAGGAGAUGAUAUUGUGACGCUGAAACUAUUGAAGCAGAAAAUGCAUGAUUUUGCUCAAGAACGAGAUUGGGAGCGAUAUCAUAGCCCAAGAAAUCUGCUAUUGGCUCUGGUGGGAGAAGUGGGGGAGUUGUCAGAGAUAUUUCAAUGGAAAGGGGAAGUGGCGAAGGGAUUGGGAGACUGGAAAGAAGAAGAGAAGGUUCAUUUAGGGGAGGAGCUGUCUGACGUGUUGCUUUAUCUGGUCAGGCUUUCUGACAUAUGCGGCGUCGAUUUAGGUCAGGCUGCCCUCCGUAAGAUCCGUCUUAAUGCAAUCAAGUACCCUCCUCCGCCUCCUGUUGUCUCUGUUUCCCAACCCAAUGCCGAUCAUCAUGCUUCAUCUCUUCAGGACGUAUUGUAUUUGGGCCAAGCAUAA